AUGUUUAUAAGAAACACUCACCACUGCGAACUUAUUAAAACAUCUGAUCUAGCUGAAUCUUCAAAUAAAUAUUGUUACUCUACAUUUUCAAAUUUGUUCUGGUCAUGGACAACUAUUAAUGAAAAUCAUCCUAAAUGUCGGCAAUAUUUAAUUAGUUUAGCUACUAUAAAUAAAGAAAGAAAGCGACAUUUUUCAAAUAAUCAUUGGUGGAUUAUUCAUCCUUUUAGUAAAAUUAGAUUCUUUUGGAACAAUAUAAUGAUGGUUGUAUUUUUUACUGCAUUUUUCGUAAUUCCAUUUUCAUUAUGUUUCAUUAUAUUAGAAUAUAGAACUGUCAAAUUAUCAAAUAUAAAUCCUUUUAUUUACAUAAUUUGUUGGAUUGAUAUAAUUAGUAAUUGUAUCACAGGAUUUUUUGAUAAACAAAAGAGAGAAGUGAUUUUAAAUCAAGGAACUAUUUUAGUGAAUUAUUUGAAAGGUUAUUUGCUGAUCGAUAUUUUGACAUCGUUGCCUUAUAACUAUCUUACAUAUCCAUGGAAAAAAAUUGCUGAAACCGACGAUGAAUACAUUAUUACUACAUUGAUUAAUUUUAUACCUGUUUUAAAACUUAGUCGUUAUUUAACAUUCAGAUCUUUUAUAAAGCAAACUUUUUUGUAUUUCAAUUGUGAAGAUAUAUCUUGUCAAAUGUUCUUAACUUCACUUUUUUGUCUUUACAUUUUACAUUGGUUCACUUGCUUUUGUAAUUAUACACUUUUGGUCAAUGUAUUCACUGAAAAAGCAUCUACAAACGAAAGUUACAUAAAGUCAAUUGAAAUUGAAGAAAUUAUUGAAAGAUAUCAGUGUGCUCUUUUUAUUGUUCUUGAAAAUUUUACGGCUACUGGUUACGGUUCAAUUGAACCACAAAGUGAAGCUGAUAUUGUAGUUUGCACUUCUCUUAUGAUUCUUGGUAGAUUAGUUGAAAGCUACAUAAUAAUUAUAUUAUUACAAACAGUAGCCGAUAGACAAUUUGCUAAAUCAAAAUACGAACAGAUUGUGAAUCAACUUUUGGCUUACGCUAGAGAAAAACAACUUCCUGCUUAUAUGAAGAAAAGACUUUCGGCUUAUUACAGUUACUAUUUUAGAAAUAGUUAUUUUCAAGAGCAUAAAAUUUUGUCAAGUUUAUCUGAUGCUUUACGAAAAGAAGUCGUAUUACAUUCUUGUAGACGCCUUGUUGAGAAUGUGAAGAUUUUCCAAAAUUUACCAAAUUCAGUUUUAAUACAGAUAGUUAUUAAUUUAAAAUCUGAAUUGUAUUUAGAAAACGAUGUAAUUAUAAAAGCUGGUAUUCAAGGAGAUUGCAUGUACUUUUUAUCUAGUGGCACUGUAAUUGUAUUAACACCAACCGGAAAGGAGGUUUGCUGUCUGAAAGAUGGCGCAUACUUUGGUGAAGUAGCACUUUUGGUGCAGAAUCAGCGACGAGUUGCAACUGUCAUCGCACUUGAUAUCUGCGAAGUUUAUAGACUAGAUAGAAAAGAUUUUCGGAAGUGCAUAGCUGUUCAUAGUGAUUUGUUUGCGAAAAUUGAAAGAUUGGCUACCGAAAGAAUGCAACAGACCGGUAUGAUCGAGGAAGAGAAUAAGCAAAUUAUCUUGCAUUCCUCUUUAUUGAAUAAUCCACAAAGAACUGAAGACGCAGAAUGAGUGUUACAUUUUAAUUAUAUUAUAUGAAAGAAAUAAUACAUAGAUUUUUUUAUUUAUAUUUAAUUGUGUAUUUAAGGACCUUAAAUAAUAUUAUUGUCCAUACAAUAUAUGCUUACAAUGGCAUUCAUUCACAUUUGCCUAUGCUUCUUCGAAGAAUCAUAUAUUAAUCCUUAUUCUAAAAUACUAAAAAUUACA